AUGUCUUCUCCCGGCGGCGGCAGCGACUCGUCGGGACUCACCCCUCCUCCCGACGACUCGCCAGCGUCAGCACCCACUCCCAAAUCUCGCACACCCACCCCGACGAGGGACAUGGACAUUGACAUGGACGCACCUGCGCCGCCCCGGCUCGUCCCCGCACCUGUCGAGUCUGCACCAGAACCCGUCGCCUCUGCGCCCAAAGUGAAGCUCAAGAUCAAGCUGAACGCCCACGCCCCACCGCCAGCGGAGAAGAAGGACCAGGGCGGCAAGCGAAGGCGUGGUGCUGCGGCUGCGCAUGACGAGCCCCAUGACGCCGUUGCCAGCCAUGAGCACGAGCACGAGCAGGACCAUGGCGAGGCCGAGGGGUCGACCAAGAAGAGGCGCGCGCCUAGGAGGUCCAGGGGGGACGCCAACGCCAACGCCGAUGCCGAGUCCGCCCCCGCUCCUGUGCACGCCGAGAGCAGCACCACCGCCAGCGUAGAGAAGAAGCCUGCCCGCGGUCGCAAGGCUGCUCCCAAGCGCAAGGCGGUCGUAAGCAGCCCCGAGCCGGACUACAAGCCCGAGAGUGGUGACGCCGAGUCACCGUCCAGCCAGACAUUGCCGGUCUCGUCGCAACGGUCCGACAAGGGCAAGACGCCCGCCCAGUCUCAUGAGGACAAGGACGGCAAGGGGCCCAAGACGACGACACCGGGCACGGGUGCGCGUGUGCCCAAGGUCCCCAAACGGCCAGCCGGCGCGGCCGGCGCACCCCCCCACCGCGCCUCACCAGCCGGCACACCUUCUCGCGCCGCUCCCGCCGCGGCAGUGGGCCCGCGCCCGUCUCUGCUAGCAUCAACACUCUCCAAGCUGUCCGUCAAGACGGACAAGAAGCCGGCGUCCGCCGCAGCCGCCGGUACAGGCUCGUCCGCCAACGAACCCGAUCUCCACCGCGAGCGACCGCGCGCAGGCGCCUGGGCAGACGAGUUUGUCCUCACCCCAGAGCAAGACGCGCAGUAUGCCGCCGCGAGCAUCCAGAGGUCGUAUGCGUCCGCCGAGCGGGUCAAGAUGGUCACGCCCGCAAUGAGGAUCCAGGAGCCCAAGGACGCGUACAAGGCUGAUUUCCUCGCCCAUGGACAAGACCGCGCAAUCCCCGUCAAUGCCUGCAUGGGUAUCCUGACAACAGGCAUGCCGACUCGGAUGGUCGCAAGCGUCCUCGCCGGACAGGCGCGUUACUAG